AAUUUAUAAUGAAAUAUCCUAUUUCGAAUUACAUAUAGUUAAAAACUGUUAAAAAUCCGACCAAAACACCUGAAAAGAACUACAGUCUCUACAGCUAAAAAAUCAUGUCUUCUUUUAUACGGUCGUAAUUGUAUACUCUGUAUUCAACCCUCAAGGCCGAUCCCCCAAGCACCAGAUCUAUCUGCAGAUCUCUCGUCAGCUUUCUGCGGUGCCGGAAAGGUUCGUCGGCAUAUCUUCGAACACUUUUCCGGCUUACGUUUUCGAGAUUGUCUGUUAGUUAUUUGGAAUUCUGAAAAAACGAUUCAUUUCCAGUUCCGAUCUGAGUUGAUUUACGUUUACGAACGUUGUCUUUUAUCUAUUGCCUUCUGAGAUUUUAUGCUGUGGCUUGUUGGGCUGCCAGCAGAUCCAAAUGUGAACAGAUCCUAAAAUUGUGCUAUUAGUUUUCUGUGCUAUUUUUUUUGGGUUAUGGAGACAAAAUCGCCUUCAAAAUCGAAGCUUCAAAAUGUGGGGUUUACUUUUUCACACAACGCUAGAUAUCGCAAGUUUGUUGUAGCUUUCGUAUUGAUUGUUCUGAUUUCAGGACUAGGCUGCUAUUAUUUCAUUCUUAAACCACGAAUUUCGAUGCCUGAAGAUAAUAUGAGCACAUAUUUCAGUGUUGUUAUAGACUGUGGAAGUACAGGCUCUAGAGUAAGUGUGUUUGAAUGGAUGAUUAAUGAUAAAAGUAAAACUCACGAGGGUUUACCCGUUUUACUGCGUAGUUAUCCGGAUAGCGUGAAUAAGAGCAAUGGCUGUGAGUACCACUGCAUGCAAACCGAGCCCGGUUUGCAUAAUUUCAUCAAUGAUGAAUCUGGUGUGAGAGCCUCUUUAGAGCCGUUGAUUAGGUAUGCAGAAAAACGGGUCCCUUUAGGCAGGCGUUAUAAAACACCCAUAUUUGUUUUGGCCACUGCUGGAAUGAGGAGUUUAUUGCCUGAGAAUACUCGUCGAAUUCUGCAGAAUGUCGAAAAUGUAGUACAAAGGCACGGGUUUAUGUAUAAGAAAAGCUGGAUAAGGGUUUUGAGCGGCAAAGAAGAGGCUUACUAUGGUUGGGUUGCAUUAAAUUACAAAAUGGGCAUUUUUCGGAGUUCAUCGAGAUUAUCAUCCACUUUGGGACUUCUCGAUUUAGGAGGCUCGUCAUUGCAAAUCGUGGCUGAAGUAGAUUCUUCAACGGGAGACAACGAGCAUAGUUUUAGAUCGAAAAUUGGGCCGUUCGAGCACGAUAUUGUGACGUAUUCUUUACCAGCUUUUGGUUUGAACGAAGCCUUUGAUCGGACGGUAAUUAUGCUAAGUCAUACUCGAGCGCUCGGGGAAAAUUCUAACGGUAUGUUUGAAAUCAAGCAUCCUUGCCUGAGUUCUGGUUUCAUUCGAAAUUACACGUGUCGUGGUUGUUUUGGAGUAGAUAAUUCGAGAAAAUCGAGCGAGUUGAAUUCGGUUUUUCUUGUUGGGGAACCGAACUGGGAGGAGUGUGAAGUGAUUGCAAGGGCAGCUGCUAUUAAUUCGAGCAGUUUAGAGAUUUCGUCACUCAAAAAAUAUCAUUCGGACUGCAUGGGCUUGUUUUCGUAUGGAGGCAAUACAGAACAUAAUAUAACAAAGAACUUGCAUGCUGUCUUGAGGUACCAUGCAUUAUCCGGGUUUUUUGCGGUUUAUCAUGCGAUGAAUUUGAGCCGGAGUGCGAAUCUGAAUAUGAUUUGGGAAAUUGGUGAGAAGUUAUGUUCAAGUCGAUUAUCGUCUGAACAAGAAAGUGUCAAUGGGCAGCUUUGCUUUCGGGUGCCAUAUUUGAUGUCCCUUAUAGAAAAUGCCCUUUGUCUUGGUGGUGCGUAUAUAACGUUUGGUCCCGGAAAUGUUUCUUGGACGUUAGGGGCUUCACUGAUUGAGGGAGAGUUUUUAUGGCUCCAUGCUGGAAAAUCACAACAUCACAUAUUGACUUGGGGAAAUAGCUUAAUUAUUGUACCUUCCUCCCCAUUGCUCAUAUUUGUUUUGCUUUCAUCUCUUUUGCUCAUUGUUUAUUGCUGUCAAAUUAAGUUGCCCAAAACUUGAGCAUAGUUAAUCAUUGCCUUCUUAUUUGUCUCCAAAACUUAAUUUCUUGAAUACAGCUAGAUUAGAAACACUUUUCGUGUUCCAACUGAACUCAAUUAUAAAUCUGCAAGCGGUUAAUUAUCCAAGUUGAUUUAGGUUUAACUUCAACAAGAUGUUCAAAUUCACAUUAUGAUUUGAGUUGAUUUAGGUUUAAAUUCACAUUAGGUUUGAACACUGCGUGGCCCAGUGACUCGGAUGGUCUGUGUUGGGCUGCCUUCGCUUCUAAUCUGGCCGGAUCUUUUUCGCCGGAAUCAGCUGAAGCUUUUGCCCUCAGAUUUGGAUUGCGUUUUGCCUUGGAUGCAGGGUUUACGAUUCAAACCGCAAAAACCGACGCCAUUUCUACUAUCUCAGGCAUUUUGAAUAAUCAUACUAACGACCUUUGCACAAUGUUUUUGUUGAUAUUAUUGGUCUUAUGUCGUCGUUGAAUUGCGGAUUAUGUUGUCAUGUUAGUCGUGAGCACAAUGUUAUAGCUCAUAAUAUAGCUAAGUGGGCUAUUAGGUCGACAGGAUCCUUUUUGUGGAAGGAGUUCCUCCCUU